AUGGCCGACACCGCAAAUGCCCCGACGAAGCCGCAACGGCGUUCGUCGCCCGUCAAGAAUGGUUACUUGAUCCUCUACAACUUCGUCUCGGCCGUCGCCUGGUCCGUCGUCCUUGGCCGCACCGUGGCCCUGUUCAACCUCCGUGGUCCCGGGUUCGUCCACCUCGGCGUCGGCGAGUGGACGCGAUGGACGCAGACUUUGGCUGCUAUGGAAGUUCUGCACGCGCUGUUGGAUGCAUUGUCCGCAGGCGUCGUUCGCGCUCCCGUCUUCACGACCGUCAUGCAGGUUCUCAGCCGCUUCGUCCUCGUCUGGGGCGUCGUCUACCCGUUCCCCUUCCUCGCCCGCAGCACCUGGUACUCUUCAAUGCUUCUCGCAUGGAGCGUCACCGAGGUCAUCCGCUACUCGUACUUUGCGCUCAACCUUAGCGGCUUCCAGCCCAAGCCCUUUGUCUGGCUGCGCUAUAACACUUUCUUCGUGCUCUACCCCAUCGGCAUCACGAGCGAGUGCGCCCUCAUCUACUACUCGACCGGCCCCUUGAAGGAGCUGGGCGAGAUCUUCCCUUACAUUGCGUACGGCAUUCUGGCUAUCUACGUUCCUGGCUCGUACAUCCUGUACACUUACAUGAUGAAACAGAGGAAGAAGGUCAUGCGCAACAUGAAGGCCGAGGAGCUGGCCCAUUCCAAGACUCAGUAA